UGUUUAGAUAGAGCGGGAUGAUGCUGGCCAAUUGCUUGACAAGAUAAGCUGUGUUCCAUGCUCUCCAGGAACUUUCCCAUCAAAAGAAGGGAAACUUUGUGAACCCUGCAAUUUAUAUCCUCUUCUGACUGAACAUAACAUUUACCCUCAUUGUAAUUGUGUUAAAAGAUCUGGGUUAUGCCUUCCAAACAAUUUAGAUCUAUCUGAUAUUUACAUUGAGACGCCUUCAGGAUCAAUAAUUAAAUAUCAAGACAGAGAGAUUGAAUCAAAUUUAUUUAAGGAUCAGAUGACCGUAUCCGCUUACAUGUGCGGCCGACAUUUAAACAGUACAUCGUGUAACCUACUUGCUAACUUAUGUGCAUUAACCCUUCAUGACAGAGAACAUCCAUCUUGUAGUACACUUAAGAGGAUUGCGGACAGGAACAAUGAUCAGACAGUAAGACGUGUUCCGAGUUUAUUUUUACCAUCUGGACAAAGUUCUUCAACAGCAGAGAGUGAGGCUAUAACUUCCUCCCACAGUUUGCCAGGACGAGGAGUGGAAUUUUCAAAUCGUCUCAAUAUUACUAUUGCAAGAUACUCCAUUGAGGGUCACUUGAUUGCUGUUGAAACUGCCAAAGGAAAUGUUUUUCACAUUUGUAAUAUUUCGGAUAUGAUAGCUGAUGCCGCUUGGAGUUUUGGAACCAGGUAUAAGAAAAUCUGCAAGGUUCCUGCACUUGCUCUCUGGAGUAUGAAAACAGAGUUUUAUGAUCUUUACUAUAACUUUCCUAUGGAUCAAAGUUUUCCAAACAAAGACACACUUUAUUCAAUUUUCAAUCUUGUCCUUAAUAGUAAGGAACAAAUGGAAGAAGACCCAAAAAACUGGGUGCUUACAACAAGGUUCUUUCUUGUGGAUAGUUCUGCAAGUGUCAGUGGCUCGGAUAAAAGGGCAAAAGUUGUGCGGUACUUGGAACAUUUAGAAAUUGUGAUAACACUCCUCGACACAAGAAAAAAUCCUUUGAAGCCAGGACGAAUUCAUCCACCAAUAACAAAAUUAAGAUACAAAGAAGUUUCCCUUGAAGAGGCAAAAAAUAACAAGAAAGUCGAAAUGACUUUUUCAGUUAGUUAUAGAAUGAAUAUGAUUAACGUUGAAAAAGAUGUUGAAAUCGCUGCUGGGGUAAUGUCUGCACUGGCUGUUUUACUGGGUGCCGUUGAUGCAUGGUCUUGGUCCAAAAGGUCUGGCAAGGUAGGUAUUGAUGCAAGAACACUCAUCAAGCUGGUCGUAUCUGCUGCAGGAUAUCUUUCCCACAUUUUUCUUGCAAUUAUUUUCUUCAGCUCAUUGUAUUGGUUUAUAUUCUUCAAACAGCAGAACUUUGUGCACACUGUAUUGCCAGCGGAGGAUCAAGAAGCAUUUAUCAAACACUACCUUAUCUCUGCAUUCGCUCUUAAGCUUUUAGAUAUCGUAGUCUUAAUCCUUGGUCAGGUCACCGUGGACAUUUUUCUCCUUGACUGGGAAAGACCUCCCCCACGAGUCGAAAAGUUAGAAAAGUGUGAAGAAUUAGAGCCCCCUGUAUCAGUUUGGAGAACUUACCUAGUGGCCAAUGAAUGGAAUGAAAUACAAACAACAAGAAAAUCUAAAAUAAGUUUGCAAGUCCUAAUAUUUUUAGUUCUUAUGAAGGUGGUAGGACUAGAAAAUUUGGCUAGUGCUGAUGCACAUAACAGAUUAUGGACUGAGGAAGAUGAGUAUAUGGCAGAACAUAGCUACGUCUGCAGGUUUGCCCUCGGAGUUUCAAUAUGGGCUGGAAUAUCAGUAUUUCAGACCUUGUUCUGGGUAGGAGUUUAUGCUCCCAUUAUUGAAAAUAAGUUGGCUCAAUUUACAGAUAUCUGCUCUCUUGCAAACAUAAGUGUAUUUGUGAUGUCGCACUCGCAUUUUGGAUAUUACAUUCAUGGUAAAUCUGCCCACGGUUCUGCCGACACGGACAUGGAAGGACUUCUGAACCAGCUUCAACGAGAAGCAGACGAUCUGUGUGGUCAUAGAGGGUUACAGGCGGGAUCAGACCAACAGACAUUUUCUAUGAUUCUUCCGGCAACUCUGAGAACAUAUUACGAUAAGGUUGUUACACCAGUCUUUAAAUCUGAAGCUGGGAGAGAAACCGGACGACUCACAAGUACAACUCUUCAGAACUCCGUCCAAGCGUACACAACAAUGAAUAGAUUUCUAACAAGGUUCCUACAACAUGCCUUGAAAGAUCUCGAUUUUGAAGUUCGGGAGAGAAAUUUCAUAGAAUCUACACUAGACAUAGAGUUCACCAAUACUGUGACUGAAAAAGCUGUGUUUUAUACUGACAAAGGGCAUUCAUUUGAUUGCUUACUCUUAUACGGACACGAAUUUACGCUGACAAUAUGGGAAAUCCUUGUAAUGAGUUUUGUUGACCUGUUGGCACAAGACUUCUUGUUGGCAGCCAUUAUUACUUAUUUUGUUUCAAAAUUUGUUUCUGUAUUACGGUACAUGAUUGGUAGAUCAAAUCUUGCCAGAAAAACCCUGAUCGACAAAAGAUUUCUAAUUUAAAAUGAUCUUUUCAACGGACGAAUUUGCAUAGUUUUUUUGGUGUUAUAAGAUGUUUGGUUUCUUGUGUAGAAUAAAUUUUAUUGAUCCUGCAUUACAACAACAAAAACAUGUAGUAAAUUUAUGCUAUUUUACCAUCAAUAUUACAGUUUGUAAAUGAUUGUAUAACCGAAAUAAAAUUCAAAUGCUUAAAGUUUUCGCUCGGAUUUUUUUUUCAUAAUGCUGGUGACCACAUAAUUUCCCUUCCUCGUACACAUUUCGUCUAAAUUACUUAAAAUGUUUUCAAAGCCCACUUGUUCGAGUCGGGACCCUAGAGGGUUUUCAAAAAUUGGACCAGUAUUCCCGGUAAACAGUUUCUUGUCCUCGCUGGACUUGAAGCCGAAAUGUAUAACUAAUCAUUUAUAAACAGGGAAAUUUGUUCAAUUUUGAUAUUUUUGAAUGAUAUAUAUCUGCGGGAUAGAG